GUUCCUGCAACAGUGAUCGGUAUUGAUAAAUUGAACGAGCUCAACAAACUUUGUCACACCCCAGUGAGAGUGUCAAACCAUAAGUGGCGGCAAGUCACAAGCAAACUAGUCCACUACAGUGUCAGUCCCUCCAGACAUAUUUGUUAAAAUAAAAAUAGAAAAAUUAAAAAUACAAAUUGGACUUACCUCCAGCACCUAGUACCACAGCGAGCUGCUCCCUGUCGUCGCGUUCCAAGUAAAUGAUGUCACCACCAACGUAAACCCUACCAUGGGCUUCGAAGUCUUCUACUGUGACUAUGUAGCCAUCCUCCAUAAAGAUUGCAGUAAGAACGAUAUCAGUCCAGUUGGCGUCUACUGAGUACUGGGUGGCCAUUAUAAUAUGGAAUCAAUGCUGAUAAUGAAGAAUGAGGCAGAAGACAGCGACUAGAUAGAAGACUUGCCCACAGUAAAUUUCUUCAUCAAGUAAUGUCGCGAUCAGCUGAGAGAAACUUUUUUGUGAGGUUGGGUGAUCAGCUGAUUGGGGGAAAGGAGGGGGCCGAGAGUAGCCAACCUCGGAAUCAAAACAACGUAUUUCUUCAUCGGAAAUAAAACGCCUCUGUUCAAGAACGCAGCGUGAAAAUUAUUUCUAUUCGUAAAAAUAGUAACGGUUUUCAUUAUUUAUGUUUAUAGGCUUUAGUAAACCCAAAAUCUUGUUUCUUAGAGAUUCAUUUGUUUGUGUGUUGUUGGUAGUAAAAGGGUCGAGAAGGGCAGUCAGCUGUUGCUGUUGUUUCCGAUCGCCGGACCGCCGGCCAGAACGUCGCGAAGUUGUCACUUUUGUCGGAGUCUCAAGAUUUUAAGUGCCUGUUGAAAGUAGGUAAAGUACUCGGAAAGGCCCUGGAUACCGUUCAACAGUAGCCGCACAGAGCUCUUCGUAUUAAUUUCCACACUUCGAGUUUUGGUGAAAGUCAUCAUGCCGCUCAUCCGAGUAGCCGCAGCCGACAAGAGUACAUUUAAAUUUGUCGUCGCUGAGACCUUGAGCCAGAGCAUCGAUGCCGCCAUUUCCAAACUCGGUCUCCUGCGCGGCUCUGAUUUUAAGGUUUGCCUUGAAGAUGGAUGUGAUGCAGGCGCUGAAAUUGAUUGUGAAGAAAUCUUUCAAGAACUUCUUACUGAUGCUGCAGCCAAAGGGAAGCGGCUCAGCAUUUGUGUCCUUCCGGCCACUGAUGUAUGGAGAUCUCCAGGAAGCUCUUCUUCUGGUUCUGAUAGUACUUCCUCGGGUUCUGAAAAUUCGGACAGUGGAAGUUCUGGGUUAUCAGGCUCUUCUGGCUCUAUCAGUCCUAUGGUUCCACUCCCAAUGCAAGAGAUUAAUUUAGUUAUGGAGCCAGUCAUGAGUGAAUUGGAAAAGCCCCCCUCAGAACAGUCACCAACCAUCCAGAAGCUGAAGUACGAUGCCAUCAGAGCAACGUGCAAGAUUGUUGCUAGUCACAUCCUGCUUCGUGUGAAAGACUACCAGCGUUCUGUGGCAGUUCAUUAUGCCAAGUCAGUAUUCUUCUAUAAAAAUAAAUUGUACAAGAAAGUUUUAGAGCAAACCAUCAACAACAUUCCCUGUGGUGAUGGGCUUGAUGACUUUACUUUAAAAAUCUACAAUGCUGUUACUUAUGGGAAGCCCUCUGAAUGUAAGAAGAGACGAGGCAAGCGAGUUCGUGUUGUUGAAUCUGACAAUGAAGAAGCUGAAGAUGACCCUAUGCCUUUGCCCUCUGGAAACAGGAAUGGCUAUGAUUAUGGGUGUGUUGCUUACAACCCACCAUUAAGUGAAUCAGAAAAUUUUGAAACUCAAGAGGAGAAGAGGAAACUUCUCAUAUCUCUCAACAUUGGUGAUGCUGAAGUUAAAGACUUAUUUAGUGAGACAUACCCAUCCCAGCGGGCUGAAAUUGUAGCUUGCAAACCUUUUCACAAACUUAUCGAUUUCUUUCCUCGUUGGCCUCUAUUUUUAGAAGGUGUUUAUUUAAUCAAUCAUGCUGGAAUCCUGUUGGGGAAGGAUUUGCUUGACAUUUGGAGCCGGCAACUUUCUGAGAGAGCUGGUCCCAUGACCAAGUACUUUGAAGCAUUGUCCUUGUCAGACAAGAAUUUGAGCCAGGUGGCGAAGGCUAGAAGAGGAGCCAAGAUGUGUGCUUUGCUAGCUGAUGUUGACAAAGCAUGCAACAACAGCCGCUCUCAGUUCUUUGUGAGCAUUGGCAUUUUUCCUCUCUUGGCGGAGUACUUCCACGAGAAGUUUGGUCUCAUGACUCAAAUUGUUCCUACUGGAUCCACAGACGAUGAUGUUCUUCUGGCAUCGAAAUGUUCCAAUGGAAACCCUAUUAUCAUCGUUGAAGGCCGCUCUUUGUUUGAUGAGUCUGUGAAUGUCUUUUUAAUUAUCAAUAACAAGAUCGUGAUUAAGUGUGUUGACUACGCUUCUGCCGUGUUGGCUUUGUUUGUGUCAUUUUAUGUAUUCGGAUUUUGUUACACCAAAGAAAUUCAAUGUGUGUUAGAGUUUAUUCAAAGGUUUCUAUUAGACAUAAACCCUGAGAAGGGAAAUAAACGGAAAGGAGGGAAGCGGUAUGUUGGUGACGUAUGCCCCAAAGUGGUCAGGCUUUCAGAGGAACUACGCACCUUCUCCUCGCCAUGGACCCUCGACAUUUAACAGAUUUUACCCAAGACCAUGCAGUGCACAGUGCUGCUGCUAUUUUAUCCAUGACAAGUUCCCAGUGUUUGUUGCCAGGAGUAGCAUAGUGGAUUUUGCAACACUACAGAAAAUCAAUGCGUUUGAGUUCACCUAAAGGUUCCUAAUUAAACAUCAACCCUGAGGGCAACCCAUCCAGCAAGGAUGAAAGCUGUAUUUUUUAUGUUUAAGGUCAUUAUCUUUGUUAUUAUUCCAAAGAUAUUUUAUUCUGAUGUAUACCUUAUGUAUUUAAUGGAAUCAAUUUUUAUGUGGUAUUGUGUGAAAGGUAUCUAAAGACAUCAUCUAUAUUUUAUACCAAAGAUAUUUUUUAUGUGGUAUCGUGUGAAAGGUAUCUAAAGUCAUUAUCUGUAUUUUAUUCCAAAGAUGUUUUUUUUUCAAUGUUUACUUUAUGUAUUUACUGAAAUGA